AUGGCGCAGCGCUCGGGGAAGAUUACUCUCUACGAGGGCAAGCACUUCACGGGGCGGAAGCUGGAGGUCUUCGGGGACUGUGACAACUUCCAAGACCGAGGCUUUAUGAACCGGGUGAACUCUGUCCGUGUGGAGAGUGGGGCCUGGGUCUGCUUCGAUCACCCCGACUUCCGGGGCCAGCAGUUCGUCCUGGAGCACGGCGACUACCCCGACUUCUACCUCUGGAACAGACACAACGACCACAUGGGCUCCUGUCGGCCUGUUGGAAUGCAUGGGGAGCAUUUCCGCCUAGAAAUCUUCGAGGGCUGCAACUUCACGGGCCAGUGCCUGGAGUUCAAGGACGACUGUCCCUUCCUUCAGAGUAAGGGCUGGACCAAGAACUGGGUCAACGCCAUCAAGGUGUACGGGGACGGCGCGUGGGUCCUGUACGAGGAGCCCAACUACCGCGGCCGCAUGUACCUGGUGGAGCGGGGCGACUUCCGCAGCUUCUCCGACUGGGAGGCCCAGAGCGCGCGCGUCCAGUCCCUCCGCCGGGUGGCCAACUUCUUCUAACCGCCCGCCCGCCGGUGUCUGGCUGCGACCAGGAGCGGCCCGGAGAGAGGGACAGUCCCCCCAGCCCGCCCGGGACUCGGACCGUGGGAAAUAAACGUCAUAAAAGCCAAGCGCUGAGUGACUCCUCUGCCCUUUGUGACCAAGAGACAGCCGGGCGGGGGGCCCCCAGGCCCUGGGCAAGGGGCUGGCAGGACCCCCCGGCGUGGGAGGGACCGAUCAGGAAGGGUGGAGGGGGACGUUGCGAGGCACCCGCUGGGGGAGCAUUAGGGCUGGAAGGGACCUAUAGGUCAUGGAGUUCAAUCCUGUCACUUCACACGUGAAAAGCCAGUGUCCUACAUGGAGAGUCACCACCUCGGGUCCCAGAGCAGCUCCCAGUGGAACCAGGAUGGGGCCAGGGCGCUUCCCCUUCCAGGAACCCCACCCACAGGCCAGUUAGGGGAGAAAGGGGCAGCGGGGGAGGCGUGAUGGGGGCGGG